AUGAUAGCUGUUGCAAUUUUUCUAUUAUUUUUAACAGAAACGGUACUCUGUCAGAAUGCUUGUACAUUGACUCAGCCUGAUAUACUUGGACCAUAUUGGAUACCCGGUUCACCGACGAAAAAGGAUGCUGUCUGCGAUAAUUUACCGGCCCAUGACGUACUUGUAUUGACGGGAAGAGUUCUUGACUUUGAUUCAAAAUGUGGAAAAGGUAUUAGUAAUGUUAAGCUUGAUAUCUGGCAAGCGAAUAUGCAAGGAGUCUAUUCAGCUGGAAAAUCCUCUGCGGACUGGUAUUGUCGAGCUAUUAUUUUUCCUGACAAUGAUGGAAAUUUCAAAAUUUCAACUUUAUUCCCUGGACGUUAUGAUGACGGCGGUUAUCGACCAGCACACAUUCAUUUCAACGUAACGGCUCCAGGUUACCCACAAUUGGUAACUCAAUUAUACUUCAAACAAGAUACCUAUCUCUCUCCACGCGAUUCAUGCCAAAGAUGUCGAAGUGAUUCUCAAUCACUCAUAGCAACUGUUACCCAUGUAAAUGAUAUUAAAACAUAUGUGGGCAACUGGGACAUUGUUUUAUCGAAAACGACACGACCAAGAAUUGUAACAAAAUCUAGUGUGGUUCGCGGUUCAUACGUUGAUAUUAAACCACAUAUCAUGCAAAUUUAA